AUGCCCACCUCAAAACUAUCAUCAUCUGUUUGGGAAAGAUGUGGAAAUUUGUCAUUAGCUGAUCCGCUAUUUGAUGUCCCGGCUCGGGUCGAAAUUUUGUUGGGUGCAGACAUAUACCCUAUGGUCUGGUCUCACGAAACUGUCUCGUUAGGUCAUGGAUAUCCAACUGCGUUCAAUUCCAUUUUCGGUUGGGCAAUAGUAGGUCCACUUCAAAACUUAAAGGCUCCAAUCCUAGGGCCCUACCUGUUCAGAUAUCCUCAUCAGUCGAAUCUUUAA